UUUCAGACUUCGCCCCCUCUGUGCCGGGAGAAACAUGGCGGCGGCCAUGGAAGAGAAGAGGAUUGGAUGUAUCGGUGCUGGCAAGAUGGCGCGGGGGGUCCUGGGCGGGAUCAUAGCGGCCGGGAAAGUUCCGGUGAAGCACAUUACAGUGAGCGCUCCGUCAGACACCAACCUGGGGUAUUUCCAGGAUCAAGGCUGCAACACAACUCAUUCCAAUGUGUCCGUUCUGUAUAAGUGUGACAUCAUCUUCCUGGCGACAAAGCCGCACCUAAUCCCCACCGUGAUGGCGGAGAUUUCAUCUGCCGUAACCAGUAACCAUGUGAUCAUUUCUAUGGCUGCCGGAGUGUCUCUACAGCGCCUGGAGAAGCUGUCUCCUCCUGGUACCAAGAUCCUCCGCAUGAGUCCCAACCUGCCGUGUCUGAUCCAGGAGGGGGCCGUGGUAUUCUCUCGUGGUUCCUGCGCUGAGCAGCAAGAGGCAGACAUGUUAAAGGGCCUUCUUUCUGAAUGUGGGAUGUGUGAGGAGACUCCAGAGAGCUACAUUGAUAUCCACACAGGACUCAGCGGCAGCGGAGUGGCCUAUGUUUACAUGUUUGCAGAAGCCUUAGCGGAUGGUGCUGUGAAGAUGGGAAUGCCGAGUGACCUGUCCCGCCGCAUUGCAGCCCAGACUCUGCUGGGGGCUGCAAAGAUGAUUCUAGAGACUGGGGACCACCCGGCAAAGCUCCGCUCAGACGUCUGCACCCCCGGAGGGACCACGAUACACGGCCUCCACGAACUGGAGAAGGGGGGACUGAGAGCCACGGUGAUGAAUGCCGUGGAAGCUGCGACACAGAGGGCGCGAGAGCUGGACAGAUAUUGAGACGCAAAGCUCCUGUGGCCGGAGUAGUCACAGGCGGAGGCCGUUCCGUCAUUCCCAGCUGUGCGCUUGAGGGGAAAUUGCACAGACUGUGUCACACAGGUUGAAACUGCCCCACAUCCAGUUCCACCAAUGACAUCUGCCCCCUGCGGCUGGAUGUCACAGUAACUCCCGUGUAAGUGAUGUUUAGAUGCCACAUUCCACUGACAGCCCGCUAACGGGGAGGAGAAAGUGCUGUCUCGUUAUAAGUCUAUAAUGUUCCUGACGGAACCACUGUUAUACUCUGAAUAAAUAAAAGCUGCUAUCAUUUCAUUA